AUGACCGGGGAGAAGAUCCGCUCGCUGCGGAGGGACCACAAGCCCAGCAAAGAGGAGGGGGACCUGCUGGAGCCCGGGGAUGAGGAAGCGGCGGCGGCCCUCGGCGGCACCUUCACCGGAGGCAGGCUCGGCGGCGGCGGCGGCGGCAAGGGCGGCAGAGCCUGUCAUAAGAUCUUCAGCAACCAUCACCACCGGCUCCCGCUGAAGGCGGCCCCGGCCUCCUCCGCGCCGCCCGGCGCGCCGGCGCCGCCGCUGCACAACUCCGCCGUCCCCGCCGCCUCCCAGCCCCAGGCCCUUCUAACGGGCACCCACCCCGCCGCGGUCGCCGCGGACGGAGGCGUCUCCCCCGCACACUACCCGGUGCACGAGUGCGUCUUCAAGGGGGACGUGAGGAGGCUGUCCUCGCUCAUCCGCACGCACAAUAUCGGGCAGAAAGAUAAUCACGGAAACACUCCUUUACAUCUUGCUGUGAUGUUAGGAAAUAAAGAAUGUGCCCAUUUACUUUUGGCUCACAAUGCUCCAGUAAAAGUGAAAAAUGCUCAGGGAUGGAGCCCACUGGCGGAAGCCAUCAGCUAUGGAGAUAGACAGAUGAUUACUGCUCUUUUAAGGAAGCUUAAACAGCAAUCUAGGGAAAGUGUUGAAGAAAAACGACCUCGAUUAUUAAAAGCGCUGAAAGAGCUAGGUGACUUUUAUCUAGAACUUCACUGGGAUUUUCAAAGUUGGGUGCCUUUACUUUCCCGAAUUCUGCCUUCCGAUGCAUGUAAAAUAUACAAACAAGGUAUCAAUAUCAGGCUUGACACUACUCUCAUAGACUUUACUGACAUGAAGUGCCAACGAGGGGACUUAAGCUUCAUUUUCAAUGGGGAUGCAGCACCCUCUGAAUCUUUUGUAGUAUUAGACAAUGAACAGAAAGUUUACCAGCGAAUACACCAUGAGGAAUCAGAGAUGGAAACAGAAGAGGAGGUUGACAUUUUGAUGAGUAGUGAUAUUUACUCUGCAACUCUGUCAACCAAAUCAAUUUCUUUCACACGUGCCCAAACAGGAUGGCUUUUUCGGGAAGAUAAAACAGAAAGAGUAGGAAACUUUUUGGCAGACUUUUAUUUGGUGAAUGGACUUGUUUUAGAAUCGAGAAAAAGAAGAGAACAUCUCAGUGAAGAAGAUAUUCUUCGAAAUAAGGCCAUUAUGGAGAGUCUUAGUAAAGGUGGAAACAUAAUGGAACAAAAUUUUGAGCCGGUUCGGAGGCAGUCCCUUACCCCUCCUCCUCAGAACACGAUUACAUGGGAAGAGUAUAUAUCUGCUGAAAAUGGAAAAGCUCCUCAUCUUGGUAGAGAACUGGUGUGCAAAGAGAAUAAGAAAACAUUUAAAGCCACAAUAGCCAUGAGCCAGGACUUUCCCUUGGGAAUUCAGUCUAUAUUGAAUGUUUUGGAAGUGAUAGCUCCCUUCAAGCACUUUAACAAACUUAGAGAAUUUGUUCAAAUGAAGCUUCCUCCAGGCUUUCCUGUAAAACUAGAUAUACCUGUGUUUCCUACGAUCACAGCCACUGUGACUUUCCAGGAGUUUCGAUAUGAUGAGUUUGACGGCUCCAUCUUUACUAUACCUGACGACUACAAGGAAGACCCGAGCCGUUUUCCUGAUCUCUGA